CUCGGGGUUUAGAGGAAAAGCAGCUGCGGUGUUGUCAUCGCCCAUUGUUUCCUCUUUUCAUCGCCCAUCAGUUCGUGUUUUUGGAUAUAUUUUAAACAUUUGCCAGUACUCUUUUCUUCUUUUAAAAUAAAAAGGUUGUGUUCGUCAUAUCAUGAAGCAAUUUGUCAUGUAAUUGUUUCUGAUAAUUAUGGUUGGUGGUCGGCCAAAGGAUCAAUAAGGAAUAAAGAAUCCUACUCGUUAUAUGCUAGCCAUGGGGGUGGGUUCUGUACUUCCUGUGCAGGUGUACCUGGGGUUUGCAGUUGGUUGUCUUUUCUGGUCGCUUCGCUUCAGUGUCUUCACGGGCCGCCUGCGGAGAUGCGGUUCACAGCGUCUCCGGUGGUGGAGCUUCCGGUCGGCGGCGUGGUGCUGAUGUUCAAGCAGGACAACGACUCCUUCGAGGUGGGCACCUCUGUGUGGCCCUCGUCCCUGGUCCUCGUCAAGUUCGUCGAGCGCUGCAUCCGCGACCCGGCCCUCCCCUUUGCCGACGUGCCCCGCUUCCCGGGAACUCGGGCCGUGGAGCUCGGGUCCGGGUGCGGCCCGGCAGGACUUGGCCUCUCCCGCCUCGGCCUCACCGACAUCGCCCCCGUUGAAGCAGGAAUCCGUCGCAACCUGCGGCGCAACCGAGUCCACCUCUCCCGCACGCCUCGCCUCGCCCAGCUCCACUGGAACUGCCUCGCGCAUCUCGCCACGCUAGCCACCCCGUGCCGCUUCGAUCUCGUCGUCACCGCAGACGUGGUCUACGUGCAGAAGUCCGUGCCGCACCUCAUCGCGGCCAUGGAUGCGCUCGCCGACGCCGAGCGCGGCGUGGUGCUGCUCGGCUACCAGAUCCGGUCGCCCGAGGCGCACCAAGUGUUCUGGGAGACCGUUUCGGCUGUCUUCCCUUAG